AGGCGUGUCUGAACUUGACAAACAAUUACACGUGCGUAUUUGUUGACAAACAUGAAUAACAGGUUUACACUCAUAUUAAGGACUUCAAUUUGAAUGUGGCCCUGUGUUUGGCCAAGUCCAUUUUUGUAUGUUAAUAGAUGCCUUCUGUGAAGCUUGUAACCCUAGAUGUAACCAACACUCUGAUCCGUGUUGUGGGGGGUGUUGGUCACCAGUAUUCGAGUGUAGCGAAGGUCCAUGGUGUAGAAUUAGACCCCGAUGUCAUCAACCAAGCCUUCCGAAAAAAUUGGAAGGAGCAGGAAAAAAAGUUUCCCGUCUUUGGUAGGAACAGUGGUUUGACUUCUCGACAGUGGUGGGAUUCUCUUGUUCAGAAAACACUUACACACAGUGGAAUGGACUCAACAGAUAAUAAAAUUUGUAUAGUUUCUCAACACAUAUGUACACAUUUUGAAACAGGUGGCUGGACAUUGAUACCAAGUUCUGUCAGUGUAUUGGAGGAACUGAAAAAGAGGAAUUUGACAGUGGGUGCUGUGACAAACUUUGACGACACGCUAGAAAAUGUCCUUCGCAGGAUGUCCAUUCUUCAAUACUUUGAUUUUGUUCUGCCGGCUUGGACGGCAGGCCAUGCCAAGCCAGAUCCAGAAAUUUACCUUCAAGCUUUGAAAAUUGCAAAUACUUCAGCCUCAGAAUCUCUUCAUGUCGGUGAUGAUUAUCAAAAUGAUUACAUCGGGCCGAGGAAAGUUGGAAUGAAGAGCGUACUAUUUUGUCCAAACAUAGCUAAUGUUCCAAUAGAUGUAGAACACAUUGUAACAGAUCUACCUGAUAUAUUAAACUAUCUAUAAAUUGUC